GCUGUUUGUUUAAGAAGAAAAAAAAACAUACAAAAAGAAAGCGCCAGAAAAAACAAAUGUCUAUAAUCUAAGAUAAAUUGUAUUGUGAUGGGACUGCGGAAAAAAAUACAUCGUGUGGUUCCAUGGAAGUAUGAAAACAGAAAUACUUAGUUCCGCGUAACCAACAUAAGUGAUACAAUCCCGAAAGAUCCAUCCUAUAUCUCUCCCACAACUCUCCAGCCUUUACUUGCAGGUUUAUAUCUGGAAUUGAAGGAGCCUUCAGUAGGAGUCAGUCAAAGGCUUCAUUGUGUGGCCUAUAAACCCGAGGAUCUGUUCAAAUCACUGAUGCAUGGCUCGGAGGAGAAUGUUAGGGUGAAUGUGAGCUGUUCGUCAAGGUCUGUGACCUCUGAGUCUUCUAUAUUCUUGGUUUGCUUGGAAUUAAUCCACAUUUUAAACAACUGCCAUGGAAGUCAUGAGAAUUCACCUAUUAUUGGCUUAUUGGUCAUCUAAAAUGGGGAAAUAUUGGGAAAUGUAACUUAGGCUUCGUUUCAUUGAAGAGUAUUGCAUUUUAUUGAAGCUGGUUGCACUGGGUUGAGCAAUGUUUGUUGAUAUGUCAAUAUAGAUUGAAUAGAACCAAUGCCUGCCACAAUUAAUCCAUUAUUGUCAGCCAGGCCAUAGUCACCAAUAUCGAAUUACUGUCACCAAAAGCUGCCAAGGUAAACCUACACCCCCCCUAACUAUGACUAUGUGGACUUUUAUAAUCACACUCUAUCAAACUCUAUUGGUUUAUACUAUAGCUUUCUCUUUCCAUGAAGUCAAGCACUCCAGCAUUCCAGUGAUGUGAGGGUUUAGAGUUGACAUCAUCCAUUACAGACUAAAUUGGAUAACUGUGACUUGUGUCAUGUGGCUCAUCCUGUUCGGGCUGGAGUUGUCCAUUGUUGUCUUUCCUUCAGAUCCGUUCUCUGAAGAAGACUGCAGAAGGCCCCUGAUCCAACUGGAAGUUUACCAUGUAUGGAUCCACAUGGCCCACUAAGUGGAUGAGGAAUUACCUGAACUAUGAGAAGAUGUGUCCCUGUGAGGCCUGGUGUUCCCAGAAGCGGACCUAUGAGAACCUGGCCUACGAGCCUGGGAGUCAGAGUGAGCUCUACCCCCAACCUAAGGCCCUCUCCCGGGCUGUUUUCCAGCUCUCUGGCCUCACCCCCAAGUCCUCCAUCCAGGCCAUCGAGAGCCACAUCGCUAGCCUGAAGGGAGUGGUGUCUGUCAACUUCUCUGUUGGCCUGGCUCAGGUGGACUAUAACGCGUCAUCUAUCUCUACCAGGGAGUUAUCUCUGGAGAUCCAGGCCAUGGGCUACGGCGUCGUGGACGUGGCUGGGGAAGAGGUGACUAAGACCGGGGAGACGGAGGCCACAGAGUCCCUGACGAGGAUCAGGGUGAAGGGUAUGACAUGCCAGUCCUGUGUGCGCUCCAUCGAGGGACGGAUAGGGACUCUGCCUGGGGUUCUGCACAUCAAGGUGUCUCUGAGCGAUCAAGAGGCAGUAGUACAAUUUCAGCCCCACACAGUGACAUCUGAGGAGGUAAAGGAACAGAUUGAGAACAUGGGAUUUGGUGCAACUCUUACGAACAAAGACACGAGUAUAGAUUGUGGUCAAGGGGAGACACCUGUGUCAUCCUCCAUCUUGGAUUCACUGACUCAGACGUCUGUCAUUGGGAUUGUAGGGAUGACCUGUAAUUCAUGUGUCCAGUCCAUAGAGGGCAAGAUCUCUGAGAUGACUGGGGUGUGUUCUAUAGCGGUGUCAUUAAAGGAGGAACAGGGGACCGUCACCUUUGACCCCAGUCUGACUCAGCCAGAGGAACUAAGGGCAGCCAUUGAAGACAUGGGAUUUGAUGCUUCACUCAUAGAAUCUGGUUCUGCAGAAACUCCAACAACCCCUCCCCUUCAAAGACAAAAGACUCCCCUUUCCCCCCACUCCCCCAGAAUGGCUCACAGUAGCUUUGGCUCUACCAAUACUUCCAUUAAUGGUAGCUCUGGCUCUACCAAGACUUCCAUUAACGGUAGCUCUGGCUCUACCAAGAUGGCCACUGCUGGUGAGGAGGGGAAGGUUCAGAAGUGCUUCAUCCGUGUGACAGGCAUGACCUGUGCGUCCUGUGUGGCCAACAUUGAGAGGAACUUAGUCAAACACAGAGGUGUCAUCUCAGUGCUGGUUGCCCUCAUGGCUGGUAAGGCGGAGGUGAAGUAUGACCCUGGUAUUGUUGAUGCCAAGCGGAUAACACAGCUCAUAGAGGGUCUAGGCUUCGGUGCCACACUGAUAGAGGACAAUGCUGUUAUGGAUGGGAAACUGGACCUCUCUGUAACUGGGAUGACAUGUGCGUCAUGUGUCCAUAACAUUGAGUCCAAACUCACCAGGACCAAAGGGAUUCUAGAAGCCUCAGUUGCACUGGCAACCAAUAAAGCCCAGAUAAAGUUUGACCCAGAAGUGCUUGGAGCUCGUGACAUCAUCAGAAUGAUUGAGGGGCUGGGCUUUGGGGCGUCUCUAAUGAAAGCUGAAGGCUUUGGGAACAACCUGGAUCAUGGGGAAGAGAUUCAACAGUGGAAGAACUCGUUCCUGUUCAGUCUGGUGUUUGGGGUGCCAGUGAUGGGCUUGAUGAUCUACAUGAUGGUGAUGGACAGUCAGCACGGGGAACACGGUGGCUCUAUGCCUGAGGAGCAGAACCUUCUCCCAGGCCUCUCCCUCCUCAACCUGGCCUUCUUCCUGCUCUGUACACCUGUCCAGAUCUUCGGGGGUCGUUAUUUCUACAUCCAGGCGUACCGCUCGUUGAGACACCGCACGGCUAACAUGGACGUCCUCAUCGUCCUGGCAACCUCCAUCGCCUACAUCUACUCAGUUGUGGUCCUCAUUGUGGCGAUGGCAGAGAGAGCCAAUCAGAGCCCUGUCACCUUCUUUGACACCCCGCCCAUGCUCUUCGUCUUCAUCGCCCUGGGCCGGUGGCUGGAGCACAUAGCAAAGAGCAAGACAUCUGAAGCACUGGCCAAGCUGAUGUCACUGCAGGCUACUGAUGCCACUGUGGUCACGUUAGGUCCUGACCACUCCAUCCUCAGUGAGGAGCAGGUGUCGGUGGAGCUGGUCCAGAGAGGAGACAUAGUGAAGGUGGUGCCUGGGGGAAAGUUCCCCGUGGACGGGAAGGUGAUCGAGGGAAGCUCCAUGGCAGAUGAGUCCCUCAUCACAGGUGAGCCCAUGCCUGUGAGUAAGAAGCCCGGCAGUUCAGUGAUAGCUGGCUCCAUCAACGCCCACGGAUCUCUACUGGUGCAGGCCACCCACGUAGGAGCAGACACCACCCUCUGUCAGAUAGUCAAACUAGUGGAGGAGGCACAGACAUCCAAGGCCCCCAUCCAGCAGUUUGCAGACAGACUGAGUGGAUACUUUGUACCCUUCAUAGUCAUUGCCUCAGUGCUAACACUGCUGGUCUGGCUGCUGAUCGGCUUUGUCAACUUCCAUGUUGUGAAGGAGUACUUUCCUGGUUACGAUGAGAACAUCCCCAAGACAGAUGUUAUUGUCCGCUUCGCCUUCCAGGCCUCCAUCACAGUCCUGUCCAUCGCCUGCCCCUGCUCUCUGGGCCUGGCGACCCCGACAGCUGUCAUGGUGGGCACGGGGGUCGGAGCCCAGAACGGCAUCCUCAUCAAGGGAGGGGAACCGCUGGAGAUGGCCCACAAGAUCGGUGCAGUGAUGUUUGAUAAGACAGGCACCAUCACUAACGGUGUCCCGCGGGUGACCAGGGUGUUGGUGCUGUGGGAGAGGGCACGGCUACCCCUGCGUAAGGUCCUGGCACUGGUGGGCACAGCGGAGGCCAGCAGUGAACACCCACUGGGGAUGGCUGUGGCCAGGCACUGCAAAGAGGAGCUGGAGACAGAUGUUCUGGGUUCCUGUAAGGACUUCCAGUCGGUGCCAGGCUGUGGGAUCAGCUGUAAGGUGUCUAACAUUGAGGAGGUACUGCUGGAGGGUGACCAGGACUCCUGUCAUACCCAGGUCACACUGCAGGGGGCCACGACUGAUGAGAGCAGCCUGGUCGGCGAUACUGUGUCAGUGUCAGUGUCAGGUGCCUCUGCUAGCCCCUCCUAUUCAGUCCUGAUCGGGAACAGAGAGUGGAUAAGGCGGAACGGGCUUCAUGUAGGAGCUGACGUGGAUGACGCCAUGUCCAGCCAUGAGACCAAGGGCCAGACAGCCAUCCUGGUAGCUAUAGAUGGUGUACUGUGUGCCAUGCUGGCCAUAGCAGACACAGUGAAGACCGAGUCUGCCCUGGCUGUCCAUACUUUACUCAGCAUGGGGAUAGAGGUGGUCAUGAUCACUGGGGACAACAGACGUACUGCUAAGGCUAUAGCCACACAGGUGGGCAUCAGGAAGGUAUUUGCGGAGGUGCUGCCGUCCCACAAGGUGGCCAAGGUGCAGGAGCUGCAGGAGAGGGGUCUGAGGGUGGCCAUGGUGGGUGACGGGGUCAACGACUCGCCCGCCCUCGCCCGCGCCGACGUGGGCAUCGCCAUAGGGACGGGCACAGACGUGGCCAUAGAGGCAGCUGACGUGGUGCUGAUCAGGAAUGAUCUGUUAGACGUGGUGGCCUGUAUUGAGCUGUCCAAGAAGACUGUUCAGAGGAUACGCAUCAACUUUGUCUUCGCUCUCAUCUACAACCUGGUAGGGAUUCCCAUCGCCGCAGGUGUGUUUCUGCCCGCUGGUCUGGUCCUACAGCCAUGGAUGGGUUCAGCAGCUAUGGCAGCUUCCUCUGUGUCUGUGGUCAUCUCUUCCCUGCUGUUGAAACUGUAUAAAAAGACGUCAAUCGAGACGUAUGAGUUCCGGGCCCAGGGGAACAUGAAGAGCCUGAGCCCCAGCCAGGUGAGCACCCACGUGGGUCUGGACGACCGGCGACGCACCCCUCCCUCCCUCCGCGGCGCCUGGGAGCGCCUGAGCCAGGGCAGCCUCCUCUCCCUGCCCAUCUCCCGCUCCAGCCAGCCGGCCAGCCGAGGUCCAUCCACCCCCUCUCUCCAGGACCGCUGCUCCCUGCUGGACCACGAGAAGGAAGUGGGCCUCGUAGUGUAGCAAGGUGCCAGGUAGAGGACAUUCUGUCGAAAGGGAAACUGCCUGUCCUAUGGAAACCAUCUGAUGGAAAAGUCCAAGGGAAACUGUCCACAUUCCUUAGUCUCAUCCUCUUCAUGUCAAUUAGAUGUAUUUUAAUAUUUGACUGAACCAUAACUGAGAAAUAAAUCAAUACCUAGAAGUUAAUCAUUCACAAAGUUACUUUCUUUAAAUCUUUCAAGACACUUUUUAUCACAAGCGGUUAAACAAUAUGGCUCUUCAGUUUACAUUAUGAGGAAAUGUUAUUCAUUGUGAACUUUUUUUAGGGGGAUUGUCAUGUGUGGUUUGCCCACCUAUUGUCUGUUUUGAGUGUGUUCUAAUGAUUCAUUUGUCUCCUUUGUCCCUGUAGUCCAAAUAUAUUUCAGUAAAAUCCA